GCUUCUCUUAUCUAGCGGCGCAUAUAAAAGGGAAACGGGAGCCCAUUCGGAAUAGCAGCGAUGAGCUUAUAACAUCUGUCAGUAUCGCAAGGAUAGCCGAGAUGUCAAGAGCUUUGGCGUCCAACCAUGUUGUCAUUGGGAACAAAGUGAUUCCCGCCACAGUGGUGUUCUCGCAGUCCUCAGGAAAGAUUCUCAGCAUCGAACAUAGCGUUCUCUCACCGGAUGACCCGAUCCUUAAGUCAUAUGACGUUGAUGAGAAGUCUUACCGAGACGUUUCACCUUUCUAUGUUAUGCCGGGUCUUGUGGACUCACACGUUCACCUGAAUGAGCCUGGUCGUACCGAAUGGGAAGGUUUUGCUACUGGUACGCAAGCCGCCGCUGCGGGAGGUGUCACGACAGUUGUUGAUAUGCCUCUCAAUGCCAUCCCGCCAACGACGAAUGUCAAGAACUUGAAUAUCAAACUGGACGCUGCUAAGGGACAGUGCUGGGUAGACGUUGCGUUUUGGGGUGGUCUAGUUCCCGACAACUUGGAUGACUUGGUUCCGCUCAUUAACGCUGGUGUUCGUGGGUUCAAGGGGUUUAUGAUUGACUCUGGUGUGGACGAGUUCCCUGCAAUCAACUCGUUCUACAUCGACAAGGCGCUAGAGAAGGUCAAAGGUGAAGACACGCUGAUUAUGUUCCAUGCUGAGAUGCAGCCGGCAUGCAAUAACCAUGGGCUUCAAAGCUUGGAAACGUAUGAGCCUCUAGACAGGAUAGACGAAGUGGAAGAUUUUGGUUUCAGUCUCAUGCCUGCCACGAGUUUGAAGACAACCCUGUCAAAUAACACCACUUUAGAAGAGGCUAUUGAUAAUGAUUAUAUCAACAACCACAUGUUGAAAAGGGUUCUUACAAAUGACCAGGCCAGAGCGUUGGCAGUGGCUCCUAUCUUGGCCCCUGUAGAACCAAGAACAGGUGCACCUUCUGAAAUAGUCCAUCACGACCACAAGAUAGCAUCACCACUGUUAGAGGCCCAAAGGGAUCAAGAUAGCUUAGCCAAUGUUGAUCCCACAGCGUACGCAUCGUAUUUGGCCUCUCGUCCUGACGUUUUUGAAGUUGAAGCUAUAAGGACCUUGAUUGGAUGUGCUAAGAAGAACCCUUCUGUUCCUUUACAUAUUGUACACUUGGCUUCAGGUGAAGCAGUUCCGAUUCUUGCAGCUGCUCAGAGCCAAGGGCUCAAGAUAUCUGCUGAAACGUGUUUCCACUAUCUCUCGUUCUGUGCAGAGAAGAUUCCAAACUGUUCCACUUUCUUCAAAUGUUGUCCGCCAAUUCGUACAGAAAAGAACAGACUGGAACUAUGGGAUGCGUUGAGACGUGGUAUCAUUAAGACUGUUGUCUCUGAUCAUUCGCCAUGUACACCUGAGUUGAAGAAUUUGGCAAAAGGAGACUUCUUCUCCGCAUGGGGUGGUAUAUCAUCUGUGGGACUUGGUCUCCCUGUCUUGCACACAGAGGCGUUGAAAUUCAUAGAGUUCUCCAUCAUUGACGUGGUCACGUGGACCUGUUAUAACACUGCCAAACAGGUUGGACUUGGCCAUCGUAAGGGUAAUUUGAAAGUUGGUUAUGACGCAGACAUUGUCAUAUUUGACCCAUACACAGAACAAAGCAUUGAGAACGCAAAGACCUACUUCAAGAACAAACUAACGGCAUACAACGGUCGUACUCUAAGAGGAAGAGUUGUGGAAACUAUACUAAGGGGAAAUUCAAUCUUUGCCAUUGACAAAGGCCAUUCUAAGAUUCCGAUGGGAAGAGCCAUCUUGGAGAAGAGAUCACAUGCAUAGGAAUACAUAAUCGUAAUAUACAUCUAGCUAUACUUC